AUGCCCCGCCAUCUGCACCGACAACGGCCCUCUCAACCGUGGCUCGCCAAGGAGGGGCCCGCUGACUCAUCGCAAGCCCUCAACACCUGCAAAGUGACGGCGGCCUUCCGAUUCUUCUGCAGCCUCAACAUCACAUCCCAUCGCGCGCAGCCCAGCCCGUCGAGGCUCGCAUCUUUGAUCAUGGCUCCGAAAGACGCCGCAGCCGGGUCGUCGAGUGAGCUUCCGGUUCGCAAGCCGCUGCCGUCGCCCUCGACCGACUUUGACAUCGUCGCGACCUACCGCCGCCUCCUCGCGUCCGACCCCCACCAGACCAAACCCGUCGCCGCCAUCGAGUCCCUCAUCGCCCUCCUCAACACGGUCCCCUCGACCACCGUGUACGAGACGCUCGAUACCGUCAAGCUGCACUCGGACCGGCUCAAGGCCUCGGUCGCCAACCCCGUGCCCCUCACCGCCGGCACCGAUCUCUUCCUGCAGUACCUCGUCGCCUCGCUUAAGCAGCAGGACGGGAGCUUCGACGCCGUGCGCCAGCACCUCGUGCGCAACGGCCGCCUCUUUGCCGAGCGCGCCAUAGCCGCCCGCAACGGCGUCGCAGAGGCCGGGUGGCGCUUCGUCGGAGAGGACAAGUGCGUCCUGACCCACGGCGCCUCCAGGUCCGUCACGGGCCUGCUGGAGCGCGCCGCAAAGAGCCUCAGCGGCAAGUUCAGGGUCGUCUACGUGCGCGACGAGACGCGCGUUCAGGAGAGCGACCGCGUUGUCAAGCAGCUGCGCCACCUAGGCAUCCCCGUCGCCGAGAUCCCGGAGUCGGCCAUUGCCCACGUCAUGGGCCUGCUGCGGCGUGUGCACAUGGUUUUUGUCGGCGCCGAGGCUGUCACGCAGAACGGAGGCAUCAUCUCGCGCAUUGGCACAUUCCAGAUUGCUCAGCUGGCUUCAAAGGCGAAUAUUCCCUUUUACGUCGCCGCCGAGACGCACAAGUUUUCAAGAAAGUUUCCCCUCGACCAGCGGGACAUAGGCUUCAAGCAGAAUGUUCUCGAUUUCAGCAUAGACGCCGCCAGCAAGCAGCCCGAGGACGCCGUCGACUAUACGCCACCCGAGCUCAUCACCAACCUGGUGACGGAGAACGGCGUUCACUUGCCCGGCUACGUAUUUGAGCAGCUCCUUGACAUCUACGGCAGUCUUAAUGGGUGA